AUGUUGUCGUACCUCUGGCGAUAUUGCUCAGCUGUUCGAGAAGUGCUUACCAGCUGUUUCUACUGGCUGACUCAUUGUCUGGUAUCUCAGACUAACGAAUUAUCUCUUUCCAUACCCGAAGAACCUGACGAUCUUGAGCGGUGUCAACGCCCCUUUUCGAAAAAUGAUCAUCCAGCGGUCGCGAAGACUAAUGUUUUGGCAUUCAGCAAAGAUCAUCAGCCUGGCCUACCCAAUGAGAGAGCGGAUCCAAUUCUCUACGAACCUCAUUUCACGGAAACUCUGGGCCAAGGCUCGGCCUCAUUGAUAGCAAGAAUGAGACCAGGCGUUGUUCUAAAAUACCCCAGGUAUAUGUGGUGGCACGCUGAAGCAAUGGGAAGACAUCCUUUUGUGCAGGACAUCAAGCGAAGUUUUCAAGUUGAAGAAAAAUUUUUGGAUUUGUUAGGCACACACCCGAGAAUAAUACGCUAUAUUGGCGUUUCAGAUGAGCCCCGUGGGCUUCUGCUCGGGGAAGCUAGUGAUGGUGAUUUGCAGAAUUACAUUGACCAACAUUAUCACGAUGUCGAUCUCUCUCUUCGAUUGAAGUGGUGUUUCCAGGCAGCGGAAGCCGUCCACUAUAUUCAUCAAAAAGGCGUCAUCCAUUCUGACUUACGACCAGAGAAUUUCUUAUUACACUCUGACUCCAAAAGCAAGCUCGAUCUUUUGUUAUGUGAUUUCGGAGGGUCAACAAGUGGUGACAUCGAUGGUGGGCAUCUUCCCGACCCUGGAUUUUUCAAUCCAUCCAGGCCAUGGGUUUCGACAGAGGCUGUGGAUAUUUUUAGCCUCGGAUCUAUUUUCUACACGAUAAUGACAGGCCAUUGGCCUUAUAAAUCUCCUGGGCCAUUCACAUCUAUGGCGGAGAAAUACGACUACGAAGAAAUGGUAGAUGACCUCUUUUCUCGUCAACAGUAUCCUCCUGUCGAUGAUUUAUUGUGUGGUUCCUUAAUACAAGGAUGCUGGACAGAACGAUAUAAUGAUAUUGGUGCCACCUCAGACCUGAGCUCAGAGGACGGUUUCCAAAUCAUAAUUUCACUCAAUCCACUCGGGGCUCAAGGGUUUCUGAAGCCGUGGGUUCCGCAUUUUCCUUUCACUCGACUUGAGCCCAAAGGGUUUUCCUUGCGACCGGGACAAGCGGCGAAGUGGGCAAGGACCGACCAAGACGAUUCUGGUAAAUCAAUGACCGCAGACCUAUCAUCUUUGCUGCAAUACACGAAAAUUCUGGAAAGGUGGAACGAAAAAUCAUGCAAAUACGAAACAAUCGAGUUAGAAACGAUUGAAUGCGAUAGUGAUGCCCUAGAUGCGUACACCUUUGUCAUCCGUGAACGCGUGGACCGCAAAUCCGAGCAGCUGACUCGCUUCAUUGACGUGAAGUCUACGCAGUUGUGUGAUGUCCUUCGUGGGGUGUUGCACGACGUCAGAGCUGUCAACAUGAUUGGAGACAAGCCGUCCGUCGAAGAAAACAUUCUCUUUCAUUUCCUUCCUGAGCUGGAAAAUGCAGUAAAAGCGCUGGAAAUGAGCUCCGAUGGCGACCGUCUAUCUCUGAGGCAUCUCAAUUUGCUCACUGGAUAG